AUGACAAGGCGAGUACAGUACUUGCAACUGGUCAUGAGCGGUUUUAUCGGUUCUAGCUCAUACUUUCCAGGCGACUUACUUCUCACAGGAACAGCUAACUAUUUUCAAUGGCAUAAGAUUUUGAAAGAUGUAUGCGACGAGAUUUCACCUGACUUGAUUCCGUAUUUGGAGAAUGGGGAGAUAUCUUUUAUCGAGGGAGAGGAUGAUGCUACCAGAAAGGAUGCGAUGCGCCUACUUGAUCGUAUUAUCAAUUUGGUCCUUAGAGACGCCGCAAGUGGCUAUGUGCUUCGAGAUGUAAAUAGGUUUAAUGGCACUGGACGUGAAUUGUAUUUGCAUUUGCGCUCAAUAUACGGAGUCAUUACAGUUCCAUUUGCUAUAAGUAUCAUGUAUGACCUUCUUACAGGUGCGUGGAAGCAAAAUGAAGGCUCAACGAUAGAUAGUUUGGAAAAUGCUUACGAUCGUGUAAUGAUCAAUGUUGCACAACGGUUUAGUUUUGAAACUUACAAUUUAAUUGUAUAUUUGGCGAUUUUAAAGAAGGAAGGCUUUCCUGUUGAUGAAUACAUUAGAGCUUAUCAUGAUAUUUAUGGCACUGGCUGGGAAGAUUUUACAUUGACAAAUAUGCAACGCAUUAUACACGAGAGGAUGGAUUUUCCUACCCAGUCUAUUCCUGUGAAUCCCAAGACAUUUGUCUCUAAGAAAGUGUUCAAGUGUUUUAGAUGUGGAGAGCCUGGUCACCUUGAUCGGAACUGUCCUGCGCCACAACCUUUGUCUCAUCUGAAAUCUUAA